GAGAUCCAUAAUCCUUGUGUGCCAUCCUACCUAACACCACACCAACCCCCUUCAACCAAUUGUAUCUUCCCUUCUAAAAACUCCCCUCCAAGAAUGUUAACAAACCCUUUCAUCAGUCUCACUCAAUGGCUUCUUCCUAUUUGUGUCCAGUCAAGCACGCCCUAUCAUAUUCCAGUCCCACCAAUCACAACCUCCUCAAAGUCAGAAAUCCCCGUCGGGACUUCGUCGUGCGACUCCCGGCCGCUGGAACAUGCCGCGGUCUAUUGCAGUCGAUUGGUGCGGCCCCAGAGAAGGUCUUCGCGGUUCCCGUGAUGGGCGACCCGUCUCAGAAGAGUAAAACCUCAUCUUGUGGGGUUCCAACGAUUGUUGAAGUCGAUUUGGGUAACCGUAGCUACCCGAUUUACAUCGGUUCUGGACUUCUCGAUCAACCGGAGCUUCUUCACAGGCAUAUUCAUGGAAAAAGAGUUCUAAUAGUAACAAAUACUACGGUAGCCCCUUUGUAUCUGGACAAAACUAUUAGUGUUCUAACGGAUGGGAAUUCUAAUGUCAGUGUAGAAAGUGUGAUCUUGCCAGAUGGAGAACAAUUUAAGAACAUGGAAACUCUCAUGAAAGUUUUUGAUAAAGCUAUUGAUUCAAGAUUGGACCGGAAAAGUACAUUUGUUGCUCUAGGUGGUGGAGUUAUUGGUGACAUGUGUGGAUAUGCUGCUGCUUCUUAUCUUCGCGGAGUUAAUUUUAUUCAGAUUCCCACAACUGUUAUGUCGCAGGUAGACUCCUCAGUGGGAGGGAAAACUGGAAUUAACCACCCGCUUGGCAAAAACAUGAUUGGUGCCUUCUACCAACCUCAAUGUGUACUUAUAGACACAGAUACCCUGAAUACACUGCCAGACAGAGAACUAGCAUCUGGCCUAGCGGAAGUUAUAAAAUAUGGUCUUAUAAGAGAUGCCACCUUUUUUGAAUGGCAAGAGCAAAAUAUGCCAGCAUUGCUAGCGAGGGAUCCAAAUGCAUUUGCUUAUGCUAUCAAGCGUUCAUGUGAAAACAAGGCUGAGGUGGUGUCAUUGGAUGAGAAAGAGAGUGGAUUGAGGGCCACUUUGAACUUAGGCCACACCUUUGGCCAUGCUAUAGAGACGGGUGUUGGCUAUGGGCAGUGGUUGCAUGGUGAAGCUGUAGCUGCUGGAACGGCUAUGGCUGUUGACAUGUCACACCGCCUUGGGUGGAUUGAUGAUUCUAUUGUACAUCGCGUAGAUAAGAUUCUUCAAGAGGCAAAACUACCAACGAUACCUCCAAAAACCAUGACAGUAGAGAUGUUCAAGUCCAUCAUGGCGGUUGAUAAGAAAGUUGCUGAUGGGAAGCUAAGAAUGAUCCUAUUGAAAGGCGAGCUUGGGAAUUGUGUAUUCACGGGUGAUUAUGAGAAAAAGGCCUUGGACGAAACACUCCACGCCUUUUGCAAAUCAUAGUGUGUCAUGGGCAGUAAAGAGAACCCGUUUCUUCACAAAAUGUUAAUGCCUCUACAGGUUUCGUUAUCUUCAAGAUUGGAAGAUAUGUUGGUGACAGUGGCUCAUUAACAUUCAUGUAGUACUCGGUCUCUCCACGCUCCUAGCUUUCAAACUUUUGUACUCUUUUUAUAUUGUAUAUUUGAGUGUCAUGUCGACAGCAUGGUUCAGAAGCUGUUAUUGUUUUGUGUUUUGGGCGAUAAUUAAGAAAAUAUGAUUCUGUAAUAAAAGAGCAUGGAGUUGGAUUAUCUGUAAUAUGUAUGCAAAAAAAAAUAUCAUUUGAGUUUCACCUUCACAAUUUAGAUCAUAUUGUUGCUCACUUGCUCCC